AUGAACGACUUGACGAAAGAACCCCACGUUCAGGACGUUCCGAAUCCAAGCAUGGUGACCAAGGAAAAGAAGAGGAGCCGAGUUCAACUCUCUUGCACUGCCUGUAGAAGUCGAAAGCUCAAAUGUUGUCGGACAUAUCCAUGCACCAACUGCAAGAAAAGAGGGGAGGCCGCAUCCUGCACCUUCGUGGGCCGUGGCCCUCGAGCAAGGUCAUCGCAGGGUCGAACAAGCCCGGCCCUUGUGCAAGAUCGUCUUCAACAUCUUGAAAACCUGAUCUUGUCGUUUACUCAGAAGAAGUCAUCGGAACAGAGUCAAGCCCCUAGUGCAUCAGAGCAGCAGAAUACUCCGUCUAGAACAGCAGGGAGUGUUGUUCCAGCGGUGCUGGAGAAUCCCCCUUCAAGCAUGGAACCGGAACCGAGAUGCUCUGCGCCUGAAAGCACUGGUAGACUUCUGGAAAAUGAAGCAGGGUCGAGCUAUUUCGAUGGCGCUCACUGGCGUGCUAUACUCGAGGAGGUGAACGAGGUUAAGGGAUACCUUCAACAAGAGACGGACGAAGAAUCUGAGGAUGAAUUCAUGGAUGAAGAUUUUUUUGACUCUUCUUCGCCGGCUCUCUUACUCGGCUUGAACAAGCCGGCAAGCAAGGAGGAACUGCUCGCCGAUAUUCCUCCACGGCCAGUAGCAGAUAGACUUGUCUCACAGUUUCUCCAUUGUAAAGAGCCACUAUUAGUCGUUCUCCAUUUCCCAACAUUCCAGAAGGAGUAUAACCAAUUCUGGUUAGACCCGCAAGGAGUGUCUCUUCAGUGGCUCGGUCUGCUAUAUGCUGUUUUCACACUGGCAAUUUCAGUUUUGAAUACGAUAGAGGAACCAGUGCCCCAGUCACUGGGAGAUCACCAGGUCGCCACGACCCGGUUCCGCAAACGUACUGUACAAUGUUUGGUCCAAGCGAACUAUAUAACUCCUGGCAGAUACAAAGUUGAGGCACUUUUUCUGUAUACAAUGGGAGAGUUCCUCACAAGUUGUGAUGCCCAAGCUGGCGUCUCGUUCAUGCUCGGGCUCACUAUAAGGCUUGCCAUGCGGAUGGGGUACCAUCGGGAUCCCCGAAAUUUCCCCAAGAUGUCGGCGUUCGAAGGGGAAAUGAGACGGCGUCUAUGGGCUGUUGUGAGUCAACUCGACACCCUGAUUUCUUUCCAAGUCGGACUACCUCGGACAAUCCAGGCCUGGCAACACGAUGUGGAGCUACCGCGGAACUUGUUUGAUGAAGAUUACGAUGAGAAUACGAAAGAACUCCCACAUUCUCGGCCAGAAACCGAGCUCACUCCGCUGUGCUAUACCAUAGCCAAGGGAAGAAUCAUGUCUGUUUUUGGACGAAUAUCAGAUCUUGCAUACUCACGGGAACCGGUGACAUACGAGCAAACGCUCCAAAUUGAUCGGCACCUUGAGGAAGUGCACGAUCAGAUUCCGUCGAUCUUACGAAUUAGGCCCAUGGAGCAGUCAAUCACCGACCCAUCUGACCUAAUCCUCAAGCGUGUCACCCUGGAGAUUUUGUAUCAGAAGUGCCGCUGCGUUUUACACCGGAGGUACCUGGCGGAAUUCCACGAUGAUAUGCGAUACGCAUAUUCUCGCUGGGUCUGUAUGACCGCAGCGAAACAGAUCCUUCGACACCAAGCAGUUCUUCACCACGAAACUCAGCCUGGAGGCCAGCUGUACCGCGAAAAGCGAUUCCCGAAUUCUAUACAAAACACAGACUAUCUGCUAGCAGCCAUGAUUAUCUGCCUCGAACUCUCCCCUGGCCAUCCCAGGGAGCCAGGAACGGACAGUCAAUGCAACGAUGUGACAGUGAUUAUCAAAGGCCGUGAAGACCUUCUAUCAACCCUGGAGACAACCCAUCAGAUCUUCAAGGACAUGCGCCGGCGAUCGGCGGAUGCACAAAAAGCAUAUGCUGCGAUGUCAAUCAUGCUUCGUUGUGUCAAGAAAAGCAUGCAACAUGCAGUAGAUUCCACCGGUUCAAGUGGCCUAGAAUUCAAUACAGCCAGUGAUGUUUCCCCACCCCCUUAUGACGGAUGGCAGAAUCAGCAAGGUCCCUCGUCCGUGCUUGCCAACGACCAGCUCAAUGCAAUGCAAUCGCCAUUUACCUCGCUAGAUGUGAUUGAAGAGAUGCUUGACGCGCCGACCAACCUUGACUGGGGUCUUUGGGACCAGCAAAUCCGAGGCUUUGAAGGUGAAGACGCGCGCACUCUUUGGUAUCCUGGCUUUGAGUCAUAA